CGGCCGCGGGCGGCAGCACAAGGCGGGCCAGGCCGGGUGAGGGAGCGGACGGCACGUCGCGGGUGGCAUUGUGUGUCCCAGUGUGCAAGAAUAGCCCCAGAAGAGGAAAGGCUGAGCCCAGAGCGCUUCAGCAGGGAAGAUUCCCUUCCCCCCGCUUCAGGCUGCUGAGCACUGAGCGGCGCUCAGAAUGGAAGCCAUCGCCAAAUAUGACUUCAAAGCUACUGCUGACGAUGAGCUGAGCUUCAAGAGGGGGGACAUCCUUAAGGUUUUGAAUGAAGAGUGUGAUCAGAACUGGUAUAAGGCAGAACUCAAUGGGAAAGAUGGCUUCAUCCCCAAGAAUUACAUAGAAAUGAAACCACAUCCGUGGUUUUUUGGCAAAAUCCCCAGAGCAAAGGCAGAAGAAAUGCUUAGCAAACAGCGGCAUGACGGGGCCUUCCUGAUCCGAGAGAGCGAGAGCGCUCCUGGGGAUUUCUCCCUGUCAGUCAAGUUUGGAAAUGAUGUACAGCACUUCAAGGUGCUUCGUGACGGAGCCGGGAAGUACUUCCUGUGGGUGGUGAAGUUUAAUUCUUUGAAUGAGCUGGUAGAUUACCACAGAUCAACAUCCGUGUCCAGGAACCAGCAGAUAUUCCUCCGGGACAUAGAACAGGUGCCACAGCAGCCAACGUACGUCCAGGCACUCUUUGACUUUGACCCCCAGGAGGAUGGUGAGCUGGGCUUUCGCCGAGGAGACUUCAUUCAUGUCAUGGAUAACUCAGAUCCCAAUUGGUGGAAAGGGGCCUGCCAUGGGCAGACCGGCAUGUUUCCCCGCAAUUAUGUCACCCCAGUGAACCGGAACGUCUAAGAAGCAAAAGAGAUUAUUUAAAGAAAGUGAAAAGUUGAGACCGUUCACAAGAAUUACACCCACACGCUGCCUGUCACAGCCUGUGAGGGAACGCAGAACACCUGGCUGGGUCCCACGGGCGACCCUCUCACUUAAGUUGCAACUUUUGGGGGUGGGAAGGGGUGUUUGAUUUCAUAAUGCCAAAACUUAACCUAUUGAAUGAAUUACAGUUUUUAUUACGGAAUCUCGCCGCUACUCGUGUUCCCUUCCUGUGUCCUUUUUUCGCGUUCUUUCUUUCCUGUCCAGUGCAUGAUGUUUAAGGCCACAUAUAGUCCAGCUGAUGCCAAUAAUAAAAGAAAAGAAACCAAGUGGGCUGGUAUUUUCUCUAUGCAAAUGUCUGUGGAGAUGGAUGGACUAGAGGAGCCGGAUUCUUCACACACAGGGGCAGCCAUUGUAUCGGGGCCCUUGGUUGGGAUUCACUGGAGAUGCCUAAGGGCAUCUGCCUCCGGCCUGAAGCCUGGAGCAUUCCAUCAGAGUUGGAAUUAGGGCAGGAGCCUGCUGCCCACCCAUGGUCUCCUGAGAGCCAGACUGCAGAGCUGCCCUCCCCACUGCCUCCCUUCAGUGUCUCACUUGUUUUCAUAGUGCCUUUGUCUUAUUUCAAGGGUGUUCAUGAGUGGUGUCUUUACCUUUUUUAUUUUUUUAAAUAAGUUAAAGAUAGUCCAGAGCUUUUCAGUUGAUUAGUCUCCUAUCCUAUGUACAUAUUUUCCUCUCAGGGCAGGAGAAAGAGGACAGAGAAAGGAGCUGGCAGAAGCAGAGAGGGUGUAUUUCCCAUCUUAAAUGGGCCAGAGGUCUUGAAGGAUCAGCUUUUACAUUGUGAGCUUUGACACCUGCUUCAGCUCAGACUCACCGGCCCUCAGAGUCCCUGCCCUCCAGGUCCCAGUUGCCCUUUCUAUGCCUAGAGCCACUAAGGGUCAAAACACAAGGCAGGCAGGGGGGAGCGGGUGGCAUCCUUCCCUCUCAUAGGCCUACAAGCAGGUGGAAGUUGAAAAUUCUGGCCUUUAAUUUUUCUUGCUCUUACAAUUAAGUCCUCGUUCUCAGUUGCACAUUUCCCCCCACCUGUCCACGAGUACGAAUGGCAGGAUUGCGGGGCUGGUUGCAUGGUUGCAUCUCUGUGCACAACAGUGGUGUUUGCAGCUGCUCUGCUGCCCCAUCCCAUGAAGCCUUUUGAGGUAGAAAAGACCAAGAGCAACGCAAAGCUUUUUAAAUCUUGUCUCCUGUGAGCUCUCAGUCCUCCGUAGUCAUGUGCCUGUCCACCGUUUCUCUCCACGCAGCCUCCUCCCCACAGCAGAGUCAUGGCUACUCCCAGGCUCUCCCUUGGAGUUGGCGGCGUCCGUGGGCUGCUGGACUCUUGAGGGUGGGGUCCCCCCUGGACUCUGUUUUGUGAGAUGGACUCAGCUCGGAGCACCCCUGAGGCCCCGGAGGCGUCCUGGGCGGAGCCUGUUCCCACCCCUCCUGGUUCUGCUGCCUCUUUCCCUGCUGAUGAUAAAAAUUUAUCUCUGGAGUUACACCUGGGCCAUUUGAUUGUUUUAUUUUGGAAUUGGUGUAUAUCAUGAAGCCUUGCUGAACUAAGUUUUGUGUGUAUAUAUUUAAAGAUCAGUGUUUAAAUAAAAAAACAAACCUAUGUACUUACGCCUCUAACUUCUGCGAAUAGCAAUUUGGUAGGUAGUGAUUAACUGUGAAUAAACUCCAAUGACUUCGUAA